GGUCUCCGAACAUGUCCGCUGCAGCCGCUCUGUCUUCUGACCCGGUUCGUUGAGGAGCGUCACGAUGAGCGGCCCCUGCAGGGAAGUGGUCACCCUUCAGCUCGGACACUAUUCAAACUUCGUGGGGACGCACUGGUGGAACUUACAGGAUGCCUCUUUGUCUUACGGCCCAGAGGAGCCACUGGGAGAGAUCCAGAGCGAUGUCGUGUUUCGUGAAGGCCAGACUCGGGGCGCACAUGUCACCUACACUCCUCGCCUCAUCGCCAUGGACCUCAAGGGAAGUCUGCGGACGCUGCGGCAGGAGGGAAGUCUGUACGAUGCAGGCAAAGACAUGACAGCUGUCACGUGGGAAGGAAGUCUCCUGAUGCAUGAAGAAAGUCCCCCAGCAAAGAACUCCUUUCUUGAAGAUCUGGAAAAGUUGGAUAAAGGAGAGAUACUCACCAAGGCUGAUUUCUCCUCCAGCUCAAAGCACUCAGCAGCUGGUUCUCUGAGUGUGGAUACAGUGAACAGUCGACUGGCUCAAGUCCAAAAGGCCUACAGGCUGGAGGGCAACGUGAAGGUUUGGUCUGACUUCCUCAGGAUCCACCUGCAUCCUCGCACCAUCUCUGUCAUCCAUCAGUACAACCACGACGGUGAGGCUAAUCGGCUGGAGGCCUUCGGUCAGGGAGAAGCUCUCCUGCAGGGGUCGGUGCUCGAGGAGCUGGAGGACAAACUGCACUUCUUUGUAGAGGAGUGUGAUUACCUUCAGGGCUUCCAGGUGUUAUGUGACAUGGCCGAUGGGUUUGCAGGGCUGGGGUCAAAGGUCACGGAGAUGCUACAGGACUCUUACGGCGGGAGAGGCAUCCUAACCUGGGGCAUGGCACCCGUCAGUCACCCAAACUCAACUCCGAUGAAAGACAUCUACCACCUGCUGAACUGCACAUUAGCGACGGUCGAACUGGCCAAUCACAGCUCUUUCUUCUGCCCGUUGACUCUCCGCGGUGGACUGGGCAGACGUCCCUCCUCUCCCACAACCUUCCCUCACCUCAAUUAUGAUCCGUCACUGUGGUUCCACUCCAGCGCCGUGUUGGCUCUAGCUUUGGACGCCCUCACUGUUCCCUACAGGCUGAGGAACAACAGCGUCCCCAUGGCGCAGGUGGCAGACACGCUGGCUGUUUCGGGGAGAAAGGUGGUGGCUGCCUACGGUGCCGUCCCCUUUCCCAUGAUGCACGGCAGCUCUCUCCCUGACGCCCUGAGUGCCUGUUCAGAUGCUCUGCCCUGGAAGCCUCUGUCAGCGUGCUCCGAACCAGGCGACAGUCAAUGCUACGGCCAGUGGGCGACGUUCAAAGGCUUUGAGGACCAGAGGCUGAUCAGCUCUCAGGCUCCAGGGACUGAACCUCCCACUCCUCUGCACAGCCUCCACAGCGGAGAAGACGUCCUGUCAUCUUACAUCAGAUCUUUCUAUCCUGCAGCUCCUCUCACUCUGCAGCUGGUGUCGACUCCCAGUAAGUUGACGCCACCAUUCCCUCAGAUUUUCAGCCAGUCCCUGAAUUCUCAAGGCUUCCUGCAGAGCCAUUCCCCUCCGUCUGGCUCGCCAGCGGUUUCAUCGGUACCAAUCUUGACAUCCCUUCAGUCUGGGCCUGCACUGGGCACGUGGCUAUCGGAGCUGCAUCGCGGUGCCAGCUCUUUUGACAUCCGCCGUAUGGCCCCUAGCUUCCUCUCCCAGGGGCCUGAACUGGCUGAUUAUGAGGAGGCCCUGGAGCAGCUGGGUCUGCUGGCCCGAUGUUACAGAGAUAGCAGCGGCGGGGUGACGCGCUCUUCCUCUGAGGAAGAAGACGACGACUGACAUGGACAGUUUUAACAGAUGUUUACAGCCUGCAUGUCCUCACUCAGGCAUGAUGAAGAGGAGCUUCGCUUAUUAAAAGACCAGGACUGAAUCACGUGGUCAGUAUAAGGUUUCUCUUCAAGUUGAAAUAGAUCAAAUUAAACUGCAGAUGAGGGAAUAUUUUGUUUGACUUCCAAAAAGAGGCACAUGUGUAGAAUUGAAUGAGGUUGGAGAUGAUGGAUGUAGCGUCAUGAGAAUGUCAGCACGGUUCUUCAAUGUUUGUGUAAUGAAAUGCAUUUUAUACUUAAUGUACACUAUAAAAUUACUGUAUUUACAUGAACAGAUGAAGUUUUCUUAUGAGAAACUUCUCAGCUUACAGCCAAGAGUGACCUGGACACAAAAUCCCAAUUAUGUGAAGCUAAAGUCACAAAGGCUUUUUUUUUUUUUUUUUCAAGGAAUAUCACUUUUGAAUUCAUGUAGUUGAAGGUUGCUUUAGCCAACAGAUGUUUAACUAAUUAGUCUCAUGGUUUGUAUUUAUGUAGCACUUUUCUAGUCUUGAUGACCACUCGAAGUGCUUUACAGUACACGUCACUCACACAUUCAUACAGUGCAUCUAUUAGCAGCACUUUUUUCUGGCCUCUGAGGGUUAAAUUCCGGGUUCAUCAUUUUGCCCUGUCGGCGUGCAGGUGGGAAGACUGGGGAUCGAACUGCCCACCAGUAGAUCACACACAGUGUCUUAUGAAUGAUUUUCGAGGGAUUGUUGAAAUGUUAUAAAUAUACCCGAGGGGCGGUCUGAGCUACAGUUUCUCACAUGGAUCCAUGAAAAGUAAAUGGGUUCUUCCCCACACCUCCACGAACUUUCAGGAGAGUUGUCUAAGUCGUUUGAGUCAUCCUGCUGACAAAGGCCAACGAAAGCACAGGUAGUAAAUCGGCAGAUAAGGCUGCUGGUGGUGAAACUCACACCAGCUGUAAAAUGUCCUAUGAGGGCAACAGCCUCAACCACCGCAAUUUAAUCAACUAAUAAUUCAUUUUAUGGCUCCACCAGACCAGAGUGUCAGUCUCCAUCCAUUUCUUCUUUGAGACUUGUGACAUAACCGAGACCUUUGGCCACUGAUAUCUAAUCUUUGAGUCCACCACGACCUUGACCACCCAAACGUGAUCAGUUCAUCUGUUUGUUUUUACGAUAUAACGGUGUACCCACAAAUAAACAGUCAAACUGAAUCAAA